CCGCCGCUUUCAUCGUGUGAGUCAACGCGAAGUAGCCUCACACUGUAAGGAAACUGGGAAACAUUGGACCUCUCGCUUGUUGGACGACGACGAGGAGGAGGAGGAGGUGUCUUGUCUGCCCGCGUGCACUCUCUCUCCCCCCUCUCUCUGCUUCACACUCCCUCUCUCAAUCAACUAGGCUCCUGCCAGCAGAGCCAAGAGUUGCCGUUCCGCGCGCCGAUGCCAAAACGCACAGGAGGAGUCAGUGCCAAAGGGUCAUUUUAGCGCACCACUGCUGAAAUGGAAGGACUGUAGGGAAUCCUAGAAUAAACAGCAGCCAUUUGACCCCAGAUGAUAUAAUCAUAUCAUUAAAAACUCGAGAAAAAAGGGAAGAAGGGGGAAAGGAGCCAAAUAAGAACCCAUCACCCAGUGGAGUGCUCCGUACUUCAUCUGUCACCACGCUCGCUGCAGAAGUGUCCAGGAUUUGUAUCUGCAAAAGGUCAUUGCAAAAACAUACCUGAAACACAUUGGCCGCUAUAGUAGCCAACUGCUUCCAUUACAAACUUCUACUUCUUUGGCUUCCUUAAAUCCAGGUGUUGCUUCCUCCCGAAGACGCUGCAGGACAUUUUUUUCUUUUUGGACAAACUCGUCUUCCAUCCUUAUUGCGCUCCUCCACGUUAAAGUUGCAGCAGAAGAAGAAGAAGAAGAAGAAGAAGAAGAAGAAGAAGAAGAAGAAGAAGAAGAAGAAGAAGAGUGGAGGGAUUAGGAGAGGGGGAAAGUUGUUCACCUGCAAGCCAGAGGGAACCGACACCACGGUCCAAGCCGAAUCCAAGUGCCGUUCACCGGGCGAUGCCAGAGUAAAUGCCGGGGCAAUGUCCCGCCGCAAGCAGGUGAACCCGCAGCACUUAUCGUUGACGCACAGGGAGACAGUACGAGCAGUAGAGGCCAAUCAUGACUCAGGGGCGGGAUCUCCUUCUCCGCAGCCGUCCACCCCCAGCCCUCGGAGGGUGGGCCCCGGGGAGCAUGACAUGCUGACCUGCGGCCAGUGCCAGACCAACUUCCCAUUGGGCGAUAUCCUGGUUUUCAUCGAGCACAAGCGCCGCCUGUGCCGAGGGCUCCGAGGGGGACCGGGGUCCUUCUCCAAGCCUGGGGAGACUGGCAGGGACAGGGGCAUCUCCAUCUCUCCCAGGUCGCUGGAGCUGAGCGGAAGGGCCAUUCCGGUGGAAGUGGGCAUCCAGGUGACCCCCAGCAGGGAUGAGGAUCUGGAGAGGAGGCUGACAGCGGCUAGGGGGAUCUGCCCCAGCCACAGAAGAGUGGCCUUCAGGAGGGAUUAA